GACUGAAAGAAAGAAAGCAAGCACCUGUCCACUGUGUCGGCGACUAGGAAACAAUCUCAGACCAUCGUUACAGAUUGAAAGUAGUUGACCGCUUUUGUCAUAUUAACCUCGACAAACGUUCUAUAUGUACAGAGAUUAAUUGUCCAUCGAUCCAGAUUUUGAAUGAAUCUUGUGCGUCCGAUAUAGAUAUAAUCUCUUGAAGACAUGAUUUCCUUCCUUCUCUCUAUCGCUGGAAUUAUCCAUAUCUGUUCUGCUUUUUCGGUUCAUACACCAACAUCGCGGUCCUUAUCGUCUCGACCGUUGGUAGGUUUCGAAACAAUAGAACGUCAUUAUCACCAACCAACGGAGCUGAGGUCUUCUGCAUUAUCAUCAAAUGGAGAUUUACUGCCCGGAAUCUCGGUAAUCGACGACACAAAUGGAGUCAUCUUUCAGCAGAUGGAAAUUCUUCAGGAUUCGCUUUAUUUUCGACUCUUUUGUGUGGAUAUUCUAGCGAGUUGCGAAUACAUGCCACAGGAACUCUUUGAGUGUUACUCAGAGACAUGUGAAGUGUAUCCAGUAGAUGACGAGGAGGUAUGUCUGGAGUAAUCAAAUUUUAUAAAAUUGAGCCUAAGACCUUGCAUCUUUGUUGUUUGCAGGGUGAUUCAUAUUGCAGCUCCAGGCGAUUGGUCUUCUCACUUUUUUGCCAUAUUCUCUCAGGUACCAGAAAACAUUAGAGAGGUGGAUUUCCGAGAACACGAUUUCGAGUUGGACGGGUGGGCUCGAUGGGAUAUGCCGAGCAACGACUACUAUGAUUUGGAGGAGUUCCCCGAGGGAUAUACUGGAUACGAUGGUUCGGAAGUAUGGCAAUUCAUUCACGACAAAAUUGGUUUCACAGGUUAUGACUACGAUGACAAUCACUGGAAAGCAGACUUUAAUAAAGCUGUCUCUGGAAUCCAUUCCCUAGUAUCUGCACAAGUUACGAAAGGAAUUCAAGACAAAAUCGAUGCAGGGGAGGAAUUCACAGACGAUGAGGUGUGGAGAGACCCGAAAGUGGAAUUCGAUCGCCGUCUUGGUAGAGGAGGUGAACAGCCCAUGGCGAUGGAAAAUCUUUAUUUUGCGUACAUGCUAUUCUUAUCAGCGGCCGCGAAAGCAAAAGACAAACUUUUGGCAGAUUGCGACAACGGUAGCAUCGACAGCGAGUCUUCUGCCAUACUGAAGGGGUUCUUAGAACUACCCAUUCUUUGUGAUCCAGCGGUAGAGGUUGCUGCAAAGAAACUUCACGAUCACGCCAUGGAUUCACAGAAUACUCUCUGGGAAGCACGCAUGCGAACCCGAGACCUAUUGCGUAUCAUGAACUGCGUGCAAUGCAACAAGUGUCGACUGCAUGGAAAGGUCGCAAUGCUAGGUCUAUCCACCGCGUUGCAAAUCCAUCUUGGCAGGACCGGCGAAGGCGGAGACCCCAAUCGCAUCCAUCGGGUAGAAUUGGCGGCACUGUUGUGCACGAUUCAAAAAUUCUCGAAGGCCGUAGAAUUCUGCAAGGAAUCCAGAUAAACAUAAUAUGAAGUUGAAUUGAAAUUUUGCACUCUUAUCGAUUGAAGUCUAAUGUAUUAAAAUCGUAAAGGUCAAUUGUUGUAGAUGAUGCUUGUGCUGGUUGAAUCAAAAUGCAUGUGUGCUGUGCUGUGCUGUGCGUGUGUUUGGUGUGGGUGUAUUCCAUCGCGUGAAGUGAAGAUGUGAUGUGAUACGAAUAAGCAUUGUGACUGGAUUUCUUUUCCCAGAUGUUACGCGAUGAAACCGCUGUUGCUAGUGUCUUGUUUUGUCCCUGGAAAUCGUGAUAUCUCCGCCGAGCAUUACGACAGUCUUCCCAAAUUGUUUUUGAAAUUGAAUUCAUCAAUCGGUGAUGUAAAGAUAGGACCAUGAUUGAUCUCAUUCGUUUUCACCAUGUGGUGAAUACAAGGCAAUGACAUUGUCGUUGUUUUGUUGCACCGCUUUAUCAACAGAAGCAUUAAGAUGACGAAAGUUCUAGUAACUGUUGUAUGGAGGCGUCAACAUUCCCCAAGCUCUUGGAUGGAACUUACAUGGAUAAUUGAAUACCGGGUCGGUUCGAAUGAAACCCAUGCCAUGGAGCAGUCGGUUUCGUGGAUCUAGUUUUGGAAAAUCAACCUGUUGUAAAUGCCGGAGUCACGUCCAAACCAGGUUGAUUAUCUUUUGUUCCGGGAUGUGUUUGACCUGGCCCGGAGGGCUCAAUUGUCGCUGGAAUGGAUCUUGAAGUAUCAUAGGGUGAAGAUGGAUUAUUAAUCAGCGUAACACAGAAACACUUUGCGACACCAUCAUGCCCCUUGAUGAGUCUAACACUUAAACCAACAUCAGUUCGGUUCUUCAGAGCUCCUCUGAGUACACAAGACGUGUUCGUAACGCUUGGAUCAAGAGGAGCCGAUAGCAUCUGGCUAAUCAAAUCAAAAGCUAGUU